CAAGUUUCACAACAGAGUUUUUGUUUUUUCUUUGUUUCCUCGUUCUCAUGCGAAUGCUUCCACUUCGCGGACGGGGAAUCGCCCUGGCAACUGUAGCGUUGUAUGCGGUCUCUGCGUUGACGUUCUGUGGUGCCCCGGGCAAAACACGCCUGCAGCCGAAUGAUUUCAGCAAACGCAGUGAUUCGUUGAUGAGAAGGCAAGCGGUGAAAUUUAUGACCAAGAAGAAAGCAUCCUAUGCAGACAUUAAUGUGGAGGACUUCUACACCGAGACCGUGAGUGGCGCUGGUGGGCCUCCCAAAGGUUUAGAACGUGACCUGAUCACCAAAUUCUUUGGUGAUGGUGAUUUCCAUGGCCACGGUGAUCAUGAGGCAGCCUUCCAGAACUUUCGCGAGUGCAUGGAGAAAGGAGAGCCUUUUGUUGGAGAAGAUGACGGUAGCGGCUGGAUUUGGGCUGUCGCUGGCCUCACUGUUGAAAACGGCCUGACCCUGGAAAUUCGGAAAUCCACCCCUUUGGGCAUGCGAGCGCUCCUUGUGGCAAAGGAAUCCAAGGUGGCAGAGAUGUUUGAUACCCUCAACUGGAAAAUUGUGAGGCGGCGACUGAACGAGGUCUUGGGCCACCGAGAUUCUGAGGGGGUGACUGUGCCUGGCUAUAAGUCCCCAUGACGUGGGAGCAGCACAGGUAAAAG